GAAAGUAAAAUGUCAUUUAAGCCAAUAAACAUCACACCAAAUCCUUAAGUAGAACAAUUUAUCACGUAUUCAAUAAUAAUGAUAAAAUCUCAGAUAUAUAAACCAGACACCUUUUUAUAUUUUUCAUACGGUGCAAAUUUGCUUACGUUCAGAGUUCAGAUGCACAAUCCAUCAGCAGAAUUCGUCUCCAUAGCACGUUUAGAUAACUAUAGACUGGAUUUUAUCAGAUACUCUAAAUUUUGGGGAGGCCCUAAUGUUACAUUAGUACCGACUGCCAACGCGCACGUUUGGGGUGUUAUAUGGCGCCUGCAUAAAACUGACAUGGCAUCUCUCGAUAGCCAAGAAGGAGUAGAUAUAAAAAAAUAUUAUAUAAAACACUUGGAUGUGUUGACGCCAUACAUGGGGCUGUUCAAAUGUAGAGUUUAUAUUCAAAAAAUAAAUCCAUUGCCCAGAGGUGACAACGACUCGAUUCCUGUGGAGAGACUGCCUUCACGGACGUACAAACAAGUUAUGAUACGCGGCGCUACUGAACAUGAAAUACCUGAGUAUUAUAUAGAUUACUUAACAAAAUUAAAAGAUAAUGGGGAAGAGGGUUGUCUAAGAAUGGUUUGUCUGUUAAAUCGAUAUGCUGUGGACGAGCCGUGUGAAUGCAGGGUACCAGGUCGUAUACCGCGAAAGCCUUUGAAACUUGAUUUAAAAAAUAUUCCAGAAAAAAAGAAAAUAUUGGGAAAGUAAACUAUGGCUUUCACUGUAGCGAAAUAAAAAGUUCCUGCUUAAAAAAUCGAUUUUAUUUUGAGAAAUGUA